UGUUGUCGCAGCGCGUAUAAAAAGCCGCGCCUCGGGGACCUACCAUGCACUCAUCCCAUAGUGUGCAAUACAGCAACAACACAGGUGAAAAUGGUUUCCAAAAGUAUCGUCGCUUUGGCUGCGUGCGUCGCAAUGUGCGUAGCCCAGCCAGUGGAGAAGAUGCCUGUGCUGAAGGACCAACCCGCUGAAGUCCUCUUCCGGGAGUCUCAGGCCACCGUUCUCGAAUGUGUUACCGAGAAUGGCGAUAAAGAUGUCAAAUAUUCUUGGCAAAAAGACGGCAAAGAAUUCAAAUGGCAGGAACACAAUAUCGCCCAGCGCAAAGACGAAGGCAGCCUGGUCUUCCUCAAGCCCGAGGCUAAAGAUGAAGGCCAAUACAGAUGUUUCGCUGAGUCGGCCGCCGGAGUCGCCACCUCCCACAUCAUCUCCUUUAGAAGGACCUACAUGGUCGUACCUACUACUUUUAAGACUGUAGAAAAGAAACCGGUAGAAGGGUCAUGGCUCAAACUUGAGUGCAGCAUCCCCGAAGGUUAUCCUAAACCUACUAUUGUAUGGAGAAAGCAGCUUGGUGAAGACGAGAGUAUAGCAGAUUCUAUACUGGCACGUCGUAUUACACAAUCUCCAGAGGGAGACCUGUACUUCACGAGCGUCGAGAAAGAAGACGUAAGCGAAAGCUAUAAAUACGUUUGCGCUGCUAAGUCACCGGCUAUUGAUGGGGAUGUCCCUCUUGUUGGAUACACUAUUAAAAGCUUAGAAAAGAAUACAAAUCAGAAAAACGGUGAGCUGGUCCCGAUGUACGUCAGUAAUGAUAUGAUAGCUAAGGCCGGAGACGUUACUAUGAUCUACUGCAUGUAUGGUGGAGUCCCAAUGGCUUACCCCAACUGGUUCAAAGACGGUAAGGACGUGAACGGCAAACCGAGCGACCGCAUCACCCGCCACAACAGAACCUCCGGCAAAAGACUGCUCAUCAAGGAGACGCUGCUCGAAGAUCAGGGCACUUUUACUUGCGACGUGAACAACGAAGUCGGCAAGCCACAGAAACAUUCCGUCAAACUUACCGUAGUCAGUGGACCCAGAUUUACGAAGAAACCAGAAAAGCAAGUCAUCGCUAAGCAGGGCCAGGACUUUGUAAUCCCCUGUGAAGUAUCCGCCUUACCGGCCGCCCCUGUCUCCUGGACGUUCAACGCCAAGCCCAUCAGCGGCAGCCGCGUGGUAGCCAGCCCGAGCGGACUGACCAUCAAGGGCAUCCAGAAGUCUGACAAGGGUUAUUAUGGCUGCCAGGCUCACAACGAGCACGGAGAUGCCUAUGCUGAGACGCUCGUGAUUGUUGCUUAAGUUAACAAUAAACAAUACUGUUAACCGUACGUAGUGUUAAAUAAUACAAAUAUAUGUAUUUUACAAUAAGA